GUACUUCAAUCAUUAAUAGAAGUUGAACAUAGAUUACCGCCUGCAUAACUCCUCCACCCUCUCUUAUAAUAUUUGAACACUUAUCUCUUCAAUAUUUUGCAUAACUUUUUCCUCUUCUUCUACCCAUCAUCGUUCAUCUAUUUAUUAUGAACGAUUGAAACCAAAAAACCCAAUAUUAUUUAAAGUUGCCAAAUUAAGAAGGAAUAUAAUCCAUGGCAGGAGGAAGCGGAGGAAGAAACUUGGAGGAAACGCCAACAUGGGCUGUCUCCGCUGUUUGUUUUGUUUUGAUCUUAAUCUCUAUAACCAUCGAGCACAUCAUCCAUCUCAUAGGAAAGUGGCUGAAGAAGAAGCACAGAAGAGCUCUGUACGAAUCACUUGAAAAGAUCAAAUCAGAGCUUAUGUUAUUGGGGUUCAUAUCGUUGCUUCUAACGGUAGGACAAGGUCCAAUAUCAAGAAUAUGCAUAUCAGAAAAAGUUGCAGGGACAUGGCAUCCCUGCGACGAUAGUAGCAACCAUGAGUCAGAUAGUGAAGAAUCAGAAAACAGAACCAAUAGCCGCAGAUUAUUAGCGGCGUUCUAUGGUUCAGACGACGUAAAUCCACGACGUGUUUUGGCGGGAGGAGGAGCCGACAAAUGUCCCGAGGGUAAAGUCCCGUUUGUGUCAUCGGAUGGCAUUCAUCAACUCCAUAUAUUUAUCUUCGUGCUGGCUGUUUUUCAUGUCCUUUACUGCAUUUUCACUAUGGCCCUGGGCAGAGCAAAGAUGAAAAGGUGGAAGCGAUGGGAAGAGGAAACCAAGACAACUGAGUACCAAUUUUCACACGAUCCUGAGAGAUUCAGAUUUGCGAGGGAGACAUCUUUUGGAAGAAGGCAUUUGAGUUUCUGGACCAAAAAUCCUGUCCUCAUUUGGAUUGUUUGUUUCUUUAGGCAAUUUGUGCGGUCAGUUCCAAAUGUGGAUUACUUGACCUUAAGACAUGGAUUUAUAAUGGCACACUUGGCUCCUCAAAGUCACUCGAAAUUUGAUUUUCGGAAAUAUAUAAAACGAUCACUGGACGAGGAUUUCAAAGUCGUAGUUGGAAUCAGUCCUCCAUUCUGGUUCUUCGCAGUGCUGUUUCUCCUCUUAAACACUCAUGGGUGGUACUCUUAUCUGUGGCUGCCAUUCAUUCCUUUGAUUAUAAUCUUGUUAGUGGGAACCAAGCUUCAAGUGAUCAUAACUGAGAUGGGUCUAAAAAUUCAACAAAGAGGAGAGGUCCUUAAGGGUGUGCCCUUGGUACAGCCAGGGGAUCAUUUGUUCUGGUUUAACCGACCAGGCCUUAUUCUUUACCUUAUCAAUUUUGUGCUCUUUCAGAAUGCUUUUCAGCUGGCUUUCUUCGCAUGGUCUGCACUUCAAUUUGGUAUUAAAUCCUGUUUCCAUUCGCAUACGGAGGAUGUAGUGAUCAGAAUCACAAUGGGGGUCCUUAUUCAAAUCCUCUGCAGCUACGUUACUCUUCCUCUCUAUGCUCUAGUGACACAGAUGGGUUCGACAAUGAAACCAACGAUAUUCAACGAACGAGUAGCGCUAGGGCUGCGGAAUUGGCACCAGACGGCGAAGAAGCACAUAAGACAGAACCGUGUGGGGCCGCUGUCGUUGUCGGGGACUCCGACGUCGAGCAGGCCCACAACCCCAAGCCAUAACUUGUCGCCGGUGCACCUCUUCCGAUACUACCGCUCUGAAAUAGACAGCUUCCCCACGUCUCCGCAAAGGUCAAACUUGGACGAUAAUAAUAUGGAUUCCCCUUCUCCUUCUUAUUCGCACCAUGAAUUGGAAAUGGGACACUUGUCACAGCAGCAGCAACAACAACAACAACAAACAACAACCAAUGAUAACACCACCACACACCAUGAGAUUGUCGUGGCGGUGCACAGCAAGGAGUUUUCUUUUGAUAAAAGACCUACGAGUAGUAAUACGUAAAUACAAUUAGCGACCAAAAAACAUGAAAAUAUCUAAGGACAAAGGAUGUUCACUAGCUAAGCUUCUAAAUCAGGCCAGCAUUAAUCUUAUUAGAUUUAUUUAAUUAAGGUGUUUCAUAUUUCUGUAAAUGGAUUAUUAUUAUUAUGUUAUUAUAUUCAUGAAGCAAUAUAAGUUGAUCUCUUUUUUUUUUCCCCUUGGUGUAACAUUGAGUUGCCUAUUAUCAAUAGUUGGCAUCGUAUGUAAAGAGAUGUAUGACGCGAUGUAAAUCAAUUGUCAUCUAAUGACUUGAGCC